CAAUCAUUGACUGAACAAAUACACGAACAAUAAACAUAAUCGAAUAAUCAAUCGGGGCAUUUAGAUACGAGUAUCUAAUGUAAUGAUAUCUUGUCCAAAUGAAUGUUACGUGUCGUUAUUGUCUUGAGCGAUUCGUCUGAGUAUGUAGAUACGGAGCGUGGUUCAGGACAAGCGCUGAUAAAAGAUUGUUACGACAACAGUAUCCGUUGAUCCUCCGCCGAGGAAAGAACUAUUCCUGACCCACGUAGAGGAAUCUGUAGUGGCGAGUGCAUUAAUUGAAUUGACUCAACGAACGCUUCCCGUCGUUGUUUCGCACUCCCUAGUGAAUCUCUUGACGUCCAACCGAGCCAGUUGGGAAGCAACGAAGUUAUUGGUUUGUAAAACGACAAGUGGUUUGUGAUAGUGAUGUGGACCCUGAGUUGAUCGUAUACCUAAUAUCAGUUAUAUUAGUGAAUGGAUAUUCUCACAAUGAAUAGAAUAAAAGUCGACUCCUUAAUAUUGGUCCUGUGGGCGUGUUGUACCUUGACUCGGUGUUCUAGUGAUGUGGAUGUAUUAUCACCAAAACUGACACGAUGUACUCACGAGCGUGCCUACGACAUGUACGGCGCCUAUUGCGGUGGUCUCCGUCUUGAGAAGAUUCCAAAUCUAAAGAGCAGUAUAGAGAUCUUGGACUUCAGCGAGAAUAGAUUAAAUGAGUUGCAAGCUAGCACAUUCACAAAUUACCCAAAUAUAAAGUUUUUAUAUUUAGUUGAAAAUCAAUUGUAUCGUAUUGAUGAAAACGCAUUUGCUCCGCUUAUAUACUUGCAGACUUUAGAUCUUUCGAACAAUGUCAUAUUACAAUUACCACAGACUAUGUUCCAGCUACCGUCCUUACGAAAUUUAUAUUUGAAAAAUAAUCCACUACUCCAUCUAAGUAUAAACAACCUACAAUUAAGAAAACCUAUAAAUGCACCUUUGGAGUUAUUAGAUUUAUCUAAUUGCAAGCUUGAAAAAUUACCAAAUUGGGGAACUUUACCACAUUUGGUACAAUACAAUAUAUCACACAAUCCAUUAAUAACUAUUGAUGCACAACAUUUUGCCUCGAUGUGCGGCUUGAAGAAGGUUGAUAUUUCAAAAUCUAUAGACAAAAUAGAAAAUGUAUGUGAACUAAAACCUACGAUUCAUUGGUUUCAAGUAAAUGCAAUUUCAAUGGAUUUGGAUGAUUACGCCAGGCUGAAUUCAAAAGAAUUCAAUGAGUGCCCGAGUAUGACAGAAAAUGAUUUAAUAGUUCUCAAUACCACGCACCAUACAUGCAGAAGCAUGUACUCGAAGUUUCAUAACACAUUCACUUCGCGGCGCACCUGGUUGAAGGUGACCGGUGGACUGGCAGGCUUUUUGGUCUGUUUCAUGCUGUUACUGUAUAUCAUGCAUCGAUAUAAUGUAGCUCAAACCAAGACACCGGCCGAGAAGAUCAAGAAGGUAACGCCAAAGAAUGAGAACGAUAGAGAUGCAGCGAAACCGAUUCUCAACGACUCGAGUGACGUUUCCCGGCUUUAGUAUUUUGAGCAUGCGUCCUGCAGGGUGAACAAGUACAGAAAAGAAGAGGAAGAUAGCCUUUCGGACGUCUUACCGUUCGACGGAUAGGCCGAAGGUUUGCUAGGAAUGCCAUGCACGAACCCGGCAGACUAUAAUUACUAUUCCAAAAGUUACAAUUAGAUCUGGAACCGACUACAUAGAAUUAUAUAGACUGUAAUUCUAGUGUUGUCGCAAAUAUUUGAUUGCCCUCUCCAUGUUGAUGAAUUGUUAUUGCAUUAUGCGUAUUUAAAUCUCAUCAAAAAGUUAAUACAACUUGCGGAGGAUCUUUACACAGUCAUAAAAAGAAAAGAUUUGAUGAUAAUUUAAUGAGUAUUGGUUGUAUUACACGCACAGCUAGUAUUGUAUAAAAUAAAUUUUAACAAACAAAAAGUUAUAGUAUAUUUGGAAAUCACAGUUUGGGCUUGCUUUGCCAAAAUAACGUUGAGUUUGUGCAUUUUUAAGUAAAUAAUUAUUUAGUUCGUAUAUCAACCAAAAAUAGAUCUGAUAUAAAUUUAGUAUCUAGUUUCUUUUAUUUUAAUACUUAGUAAUAUAUUAGCUAGUGAUAUCCUGUUUAUAAUUCUAUAAAUCUAAACAACAUAACGACAAAUGCAUUUGUACUCUUCACAACCUGUAUUGCAUGUAGUAGAAAUAGUAGGUACCACCUGAUUCGGUUGAAACACGAAAAAUUGUGUCGAUGUUAUUCAAUAUAUGUGAAAAGAACGAUAUAAAAUUUGUCGUUUCAUAAAAGUCACCAUUAUAAUAAAUUAAUGAUUAUAGAGUAUGUAAUAUCUACAUUUUAGUAAUCUACCUACAUUUGCAAUGAUCUCACAUGUAGGUAUUGACGGUAGUUCGUGCUAUUCCUCAAUUUUGUUAAUUUAUAAGUGACCGUAAAAUGUGUAAGGACGAUGGAAUAAAUUUGUACAUUUACUUUUAAAAUUAUUUUCAUCAUUGUUUUUUUUUUCGAUUUCGAUGUAUUUUUUUGAUCUAAUUGGUCGUAGAAUAAUCUGCAUAUCCACAUAUAAUGCUCAUCAAGUAGUAGUCCCCGAGUCAGAGGUUAUUUUCGUCAACAAUUUCCUUUCGGCCAAAAACAUCAAAAACGUUUCUAAAUAAAACUAUCUUAACCAUUUUAGUAAUGUAAAUGCAAAAUUUAUCGUUGUAGUGAAUGUAAUUAUAAGAGGCUUUCGGAAAGGCUGAUUAGGGUUACUAAUAAUCGUGCUAUAAUAUUUGUAUAGUAUUUACUGAUUUUACCAUUUAGUUAUCAAAUGACUUUGGUACGUAAAGGACAUGUGAGUAAUAUAAAAAAUAAUAAUAAGGUGCAAUUAUGUAAAUGUAAGUCUAAAAUGCUAUUAUAAUAAAUAUAUAUAUUUAAAUUGGUACAAUUUAUAUAGACGCCAUGUUUUUAAAAAUUA